AUGACCACUUCCAGAAGUGGCACAAAGAGGUCAAACUGGGUCUCCCUUGCAGCAGCUGGAGUCGUGGCAGGACAGAUGUUUAGAAAGUUUCUUCCUCUCUUUGGCCAACUUUUAGUGGAAAGGAGAGGUGCCAAAACUGUAACCAGAGGAGGCAUUAUGCUUCCAGAAAAAUCUCAAGGAACUGUAUUGCAAGCAACAGUAGUAGCUGUUAGAUUGGGCUCUAAAGGAAAGGGUAGAGAAAUUCAACCAGUUAGUAUGAAAGUUCAAGAUCAAGUUCUUCUCUCAGAAUAUGGAAGCACCAAAGUAGUUCUAGAUGAUAAGGAUUAUUUCUUAUUUAGAGAUGGUGACAUUCUCGGAAAGUAUGUAGACUGAAAGAAAUCAUUAUUGAAACGGCAUUAAGUGAAGCUGCCCAUUCCAGUGAAGUUGUGUAAUCUUUCAUCAUGUAAUUUUUGUGUCUCUCUUUUAUGAUAAACUAAUAGUAUUAAAAAAAAAAGUGGUACAAAGAAGUAGAUUUUUAAAAACCUUCUAAGGACAGAUAAACAGAUAUGUGCUUGGGAAGGUCAUUGCUUGCUUUAGAUAUAUCUACCUUACCUGCUUUUAAAAAAUUCUUGGUAGCUGUGACUUACUUGUUCUAGCCCUAUUUGGAUUUCUUAAAUCUAUUUUCAUUGUUUGAUUUAAGUUUAUUAAUUACUCUUUGAAUACCUUGUUGAUGUCUUUU